AACUACAAGCAGAGCAGUUUCUUUGUCUGGAUGAUUGUUUACAGGCUGGGGAAAACAGAUCAACAUGUGGCGGUACAGGUAGCCAGCAGACCAUUCUCCAUGAGGAGCAGUGGAAGAUGCCGGCUCUGCCAGCACUGCUGCUGUCGAUUUAUGUCGUCGUCCUGCUGCUGACCAUGGCACUGCUCUCCUUCAGCCAGACCAACACCCUGUCUGCCCUCCGGAUGGCAGCCAUUUUGGACGAUCAGUCAGUGUGUGGUCGUGGUGAGCGUCUGGCGCUGGCCCUGGCGAGGGAGAACAUCAACAGUCUGAUGGAGGGCUCCUCCCAGGCGAGGGUGGAGGUGGACGUCUACGAGCUGCAGAACGACUCCCAGUACACCACCACCGACACCAUGUGUCAGAUCCUGCCGAAGGGCGUGGUCUCAGUGAUUGGCCCCGCCUCCAGCCCCGCCUCGGGGUCCACCAUCAGUCACAUCUGUGGGGAGAAAGAGAUCCCUCACGUGAAGAUCGGUCCGGAGGAAACCCCGAAGCUGCCGUACCUUCGCUUCGCCUCGGUGACGCUUUACCCCAGCAACGAGGACCUGAGCCUGGCCAUCGGGUCCAUCCUGCGCUCCUUCGGCUACCCGACGGCCAGCCUCGUCUGCGCCAAAGCAGAGUGCCUGCUGCGAUUGGAGGAGCUGGUCCACCGCUUUCUCAUCUCCAGGGAGACGCUGUCUGUGCGAAUGCUGGACGACAGCCUGGACCCCACGCCGCUGUUGAAGGAGAUCCGUGACGACAAAGUGGCCACCAUCAUCAUCGACGCCAACGCCUCCAUCUCCUACCACAUCCUCAGGAAGGCCAACGAGCUGGGGAUGACGUCGGCCUUCUACAAGUACAUCCUCACCACGAUGGACUUUCCUCUGCUUCGGCUGGACGACGUGGUGGACGAUCAGUCCAACAUUGUGGGCUUCUCCAUGCUGAACAACAGUCAUUCCUUCUACCUGGAGUUCAUCAGGAGCCUCAACCUGUCGUGGAGGGAAGGCUGUGACGUCAGCCCGUAUCCAGGACCGGCGCUGUCGUCGGCCCUGAUGUUCGACGCGGUUCACGUGGUGGUGAGCGCCGUGCGGGAGCUGAACCGCAGUCAGGAGAUCGGAGUGAAGCCGCUGAGCUGCACCUCCCCGCUCAUCUGGCAGCAUGGAACCAGCCUCAUGAACUACCUACGCAUGGUGGAGUACGACGGCCUGACGGGUCACAUCGAGUUCAACAGCAAAGGCCAGAGGACCAAUUACACCCUGAAGAUCCUGGAGAAACAUCCCGGGGGCCAUAAAGAGAUUGGUAUCUGGUACUCCAACAACACACUGGCUAUGAACUCCACUUCCCUGGACCUCAACGUGUCAGAGACGCUGGCUAACAAGACGCUAAUCGUCACUACAAUAUUGGAAAACCCGUACGUGAUGCGUAAGUCCAACUACCAGGACUUUCAGGGUAACAACCAGUACGAGGGUUUCUGCGUGGACAUGCUGAAGGAGCUGGCAGAAAUCUUGAAGUUCUCCUUCAAGAUCAAGCUGGUGGACGACGGGCUGUACGGAGCCCCUGAACCCAACGGCAGCUGGACCGGCAUGGUGGGAGAGCUGAUCAACAGGAAAGCAGACCUGGCGGUCGCCGGCUUCACCAUCACCUCAGAGAGAGAGAAGGUGAUCGAUUUCUCCAAACCCUUCAUGACUCUGGGGAUCAGCAUCCUCUACCGCGUCCAUCUGGGUCGUAAACCAGGUUACUUCUCCUUCCUGGAUCCCUUCUCGCCAGCCGUCUGGCUCUUCAUGCUGUUGGCCUACCUCGCUGUCAGCUGCGUCCUCUUCCUCGCCGCCAGGCUCAGCCCUUAUGAGUGGUACAAUCCUCACCCGUGCCUGCGGGAGCGGCGGGACAUCCUGGAGAACCAGUACACGCUGGGGAACAGUCUGUGGUUCCCAGUCGGCGGCUUCAUGCAGCAGGGCUCUGAGAUCAUGCCCCGGGCCCUGUCCACGCGCUGCGUCAGCGGCGUCUGGUGGGCGUUCACCCUCAUCAUCAUCUCGUCCUACACAGCCAACCUGGCUGCGUUUCUGACCGUCCAGAGGAUGGAGGUUCCUAUCGAGUCUGCGGAUGAUCUGGCCGACCAAACCAACAUCCAGUAUGGGACCAUCCAUGGAGGAUCCACCAUGACCUUUUUCAUGAACUCGCGGUACCAGACGUACCAACGGAUGUGGAACUACAUGUACUCCAAGCAGCCCAGCGUGUUCGUGAAGAGCACGGAGGAAGGCAUCGCCCGAGUGCUCAACUCCAAGUACGCCUUCCUGAUGGAGAGCACCAUGAACGAGUACUACCGCAGCCUCAACUGCAACCUGACGCAGAUCGGAGGACUGCUGGACACCAAAGGAUACGGCAUCGGCAUGCCUCUGGGCUCGCCCUACAGGGACGAGAUCACGCUGGGGAUUCUGCAGCUGCAGGAGAGCAACAGGCUGGAGAUCCUGAAGAGACGCUGGUGGGAGGGAGGACAGUGUCCCAAAGAGGAGGACCACCGAGCCAAAGGUCUCGGUAUGGAGAACAUCGGUGGGAUCUUCGUGGUCCUGAUCUGCGGCCUCAUCAUCGCCGUCUUUGUGGCCAUCAUGGAGUUUGUGUGGUCGACUCGCCGCACCGCAGAGACGGAUGAGGUCUCUGUUUGUCAGGAGAUGCUGACGGAGUUUCGAAAUGCCGUCUCCUGUAAGAAGAGUUCUCGUUCUCGUCGGCGGCGGCCUCUGAGCAGUGCUGGGGGCGGAGUCCUGCGUCACCCGUCCCGUCUGGCUCUGGCCGCCCCACGCCCCAUCCGUCUGGUCCGCGAGAUGCGUCUCAGCAACGGGAAACUGUACAGUGGCGUGGGCCCGCUGGCGGGCAUGGGCGGAGGUAUGGGAGGAGGACCUGAUUUGGGUCCGGGGCCACAGAGGCUCCUGGAGGACCCGCUGGGCCUCAACGCCAGCAACACGGUGCCUCCUCCUCCUCCGGCGUCAGCCCUGGUGGCUCCUCCUGCACCACCGCGGAGCUUCCUGCAGGGCUGCAGCCACGUGCGAAUCUGCCAGGAGUGUCGGCGGAUCCAAAGCCUGCGACCGACUACACUCACGCCUCCCCCUCCUCCUCCCUCCUCAUCCUCCUCCGCCUCCCCCUGCUCCCGGAUCCCUCCCUCAAUGGCAACACCGGGUCACCACCACCGCCACAACCUCCCCCAUCACCUCCACUACCACCACGGCUCCAUGUCUCUGCCGCGCCUCCCGCCGCCACCUCCUCCGAUCCCAGCAGACAGAGCCGACAGCGACGGAGGCGGAGGGAGUCCCCGGCGGGCCAACACCAAACCGCCUCCACCUCCCCGGCCGAUGCCCCCCCCAAAGACGCCAACACGGCCGCCCACAGACUUACUGGGAGGACACGACUGAGCAGAGGGACGCCGCCGUCAUCAGAGGGGUCAAAGGUCGUGGUGUUAAAACUUUUCGGCCCCAACGGCACCACUGGAUCAGUCCAGUCCAAACCAGAUGGGGGGUGGAAGAAACCAUUCUGACUCUUUUGCAGGGUCAUUCUUUAAAAACAAGCCUCUUUGGCUCAGUGGAUCAUACCAAUAACCUUUCCACGGGGGUGGACGGAUUAAACCACUCCAAAUGAAACAUUACAUUUUGGUUUAAACCAGCAGAGGUGUUCAUCUUUGGAUCACAGGGACAGACAGGAAGUGACUGCCAAGUGGACGCUGUCCGGAGGGGCUCAUUUGUUGCGUCCACUUUCAGUCCACCACCUUGAGUCUCGGCCAAUCAUCGCGCUCGGUGUCAAGUGAGGAGGAGGACUGAGUUUGUCAACACUAUGAGGUUAUACUGUUUGAAUACUGAACCAGAUGUUUGUAUAGAAGGACACACACACACACACACACACGCACACACACACACACACACUGUAUCAGAGCAGCUGUACACUCUGUGUGGUCUCCUGUCAGUCAUUUGGACGUCUCUGGAGCGUGUAGCUCUCAGCAGCAGACCUGAGGUCUGGACGACUGACUAACGGGUGGUGCAAUACCCGAAGCAGAUAAACAGGUGCAUCAGUGCUCACCUGAAAGGUAUGAAGCUGCGCUGGGGCUCGUCCUCCUCCUCCUCCACUUCGGCGUCUAUUGGCCAUGUAAAGGAUGACACGCAGGCAGUCGUCCUUAAAUGUGAGACUAACAGACCGAGAUAAAGGAAAUGUUUCCUCAUCCACGAGCUGUUGGAGUCUGACUCUAAGGGACUGUAUGAAAAUGGCCACAGGCAGCUCUUUAGGUGGUUUGGGGGAGGGUUACUUUCAGGAGGACAGGAGGUUCACAAACUGGAGUUGAUUAUUUAAAGUAGAGCCCGAUCAGUAUAUCAGUUACUGGCCUGUCACAGAUAUAUUUCAACAGGAGAAAAAGAUGCUCGCGUUCAUUUAUGUUUAUUAAAUUCCCGGUGACGUUUACUGUUUCAGUGCACUGAUGUCAUUUUGGACAAUAAAGUUUCUUGUUAAACUGUGAAA